CUCUGUCUUAGUUGCCUAGCAGACUAUGAGUCUGCCUAAGGCCCUCAUGCCUCCCAAGGUCAGCUUGCCUCUCCUUGAGUUAUUAGCACACAGAGACCCAGGCACCAAGGACAAACUCUCUACAAUAUGAAGCCACUUGCAUCCACUAUCAUGAUAACUGCAAGAGCAACCUAAGUGCAGAAAUGCAGUGUUUGUUUUUGUGCAUGCAUUGUGCUCAGGACUUUUAACAAAUCAGAUCUAGGUCAAGGUCUGCCCUUGUAUGCGCAAUCUGUGAUUCCCUUCCUCAUGUCAUCUUCAUGCCAGAAAUACUUAUUCCAGACUCCUCAUGUUUGCAGAGACUUGGAAACUAUAGAGAUUCCAAAUAUAAAUUCAAGAAUGUUUCAGCCUCCGAGGAACCUUUCCUACAUCUAUUUCAGAAAGUUUUGGUAUUGUUCCUAUGCACUCCACGUGCAAAUAUGCACACCAUUAACAGAUGGGAUUUCAUCAUUUGAACUCUUGGCUAAUAAUGUUCUUCGAGUAUUUGUCUGGGUCACAGCUUGUGGUACCUGUUUUGGAAAUCCUUUUGUCAUUGGAAUGAGCUCAUUUAUCAGAGCUGAAAACAAGAAGCACACCACGUCUAUCAAAAUGUUGUGUUGUGCUGAUUGUCUGAUGGGUGUGUGCUUGUUCUCCAUUGGAGUCUCUGACAUUAAAUACCGUGGACAAUAUAAAAACUAUGCUGUACUGUGGAUGGAGGGCUUACCAUGUCAUAACAUGGGUUUCCUGGACAUGUUUUCUACAGAGGUCUCUGUCUUGUUGACAUAUCUGACUUUGGAAAAAUAUUUAGUAAUUGCCUUUCCCUUCAGUAAUAUCCCACCAGGAAAGCAUCAGACAAUAAUAAUCCUUGUAUCCAUAUGGUUUAUUGGAUUUGUAAUAGCAAUAAUCCCAUUUUGGGACGAGGAUUUUUUUGGAAAGUAUUAUGGGAAAAAUGGAGUUUGUUUCCCACUUUAUUCUGAUCAAACAGAAGAAAUUGGAGGCAAGGGGUAUUCUCUUGGGAUUUUUCUUGGUGUGAACCUACUAGCAUUCAUCAUAAUAGUGUUUUCAUAUGUCGGUAUGUUUUAUUCCAUUCAAAAAACUGCCCUUCAGACAUCAGAAGUAAGAAGCAACAUUCACAUGGAUGCUGCUGUUGCCAAUCAAUUUUUUUUUAUAGUAUUCACUGACUCCAGCUACUGGAUUCCUGUCUUUGUUAUAAAAAUCCUCUCCCUAUACCAGGUGGAAAUUCCAGGCACUGUCACUUUCUGGAUAGUGAUAUUUAUUCUGCCAAUAAACAGUGCCUUGAACCCAAUUCUCUACACUCUCACCACCACUUUCUUUAAGGAGAAGUUAAAGCAGUUACUGCAGAAACAUUGAAGGAGAUCGGUUUUAAAAAAUGACAGCAAAAGCUUGGCUACUUCAAUAGUAUGGACAGAUGAUUCCUUAAUUCAUGCCUCCUCUCUUAGACUUGGAUUUUUAAACAAAUAA